AAUCAGUGUCACAAAAAGACAACGGAUCAAGCGGACGCCAUGUUGGGUGUGAGUGAUUAGUUCGUAUAAAAGCAACCUUAAGCAUUGGCCAGACGACCAUUCUUUACUUACCAUAGUAGGAAACCGGUCCACUUCGGUUGUACUCUAGUGGGGUAGAUUCCCUAGUACUCCAGCACAAACGUUGUCACCCAAACACCGAAAAUGGUCGAAUCAAGCACGUUAGUGAACCAGACAUGGUGGUAUAAUCCAACCGUUGACAUCCAUCCUCAUUGGGCCAAGUUCGAUCCGAUCCCAGAUGCCGUCUACUAUUCCGUUGGUAUUUUCAUUGGUAUCGUUGGCAUCAUUGGAAUCUUCGGUAAUGGCAUUGUAAUCUAUCUCUUCUCCAAGACGAAAUCUCUUCAGACCCCGGCUAACAUGUUUAUCAUCAAUCUCGCUAUGUCUGAUUUGUCUUUCUCAGCUAUUAAUGGAUUUCCGCUUAAAACGGUAUCGUCGUUUAUGAAAAAGUGGAUUUUCGGUAAAGUUGCUUGUCAACUUUAUGGUUUGCUGGGCGGUAUCUUCGGAUUCAUGUCAAUUAAUACCAUGGCCAUGAUCUCCAUCGAUCGUUACAAUGUCAUCGGUAGACCUAUGGCGGCAUCCAAGAAAAUGUCCCAUAGAAGAGCUUUCCUCAUGAUUAUCUUUGUGUGGAUGUGGUCCAUUGUUUGGGCUGUCGGUCCCGUCUUCAACUGGGGAGCAUACGUCCCUGAAGGUAUUCUUACAUCUUGCUCUUUUGAUUACCUGUCUAUUGAUUCUAAUACCAGAUCUUUUAUCUUGUGCAUGUACUUCAUGGGUUUCAUGCUGCCCGUAGUUAUCAUCGCUUUCUGUUACUUCAACAUUGUCAUGUCUGUAUCCAACCACGAAAAGGAAAUGGCUGCCAUGGCUAAGAGGUUGAAUGCCAAAGAAUUGCGUAAGGCACAGGCUGGCCAGAGCGCUGAAAUGAAACUUGCCAAAAUUUCAAUGGUAAUUAUUACCCAAUUCAUGCUCUCCUGGUCUCCAUACGCCGUCAUCGCUCUUCUUGCACAGUUUGGGCCAGCUGAAUGGGUUACUCCUUAUGCAGCUGAAUUGCCUGUCCUGUUUGCUAAAGCUUCAGCUAUCCACAACCCAAUUGUCUACUCUGUUUCCCAUCCAAAGUUCAGAGAGGCCAUCCAAAACACAUUCCCAUGGUUGUUGACAUGUUGUCAGUUCAAUGAGAAAGAAUGCGAAGAUGCUAACGAUGCCGAAGCAGAAAUUGCACCAUCCGAAGGCGGCGGCGGCGGCGGCGGCGGUGAAUCCGUUGAUGCUGCACAAAUGAAAGAAAUGAUGGCAAUGAUGCAGAAAAUGCAAGCACAACAGGCUGCCUACCCACAGCCACCCCCUCAAGGCUACCCACCACAAGGCUACCCACCCCAAGGCGCCUACCCACCUCAAGGCUACCCACCUCAAGGUUACCCACCCCAGGGAGCACCACCCCAAGGAGAUGCAACCCAAGGAGCACCACCCCAAGGAGUCGACAAUCAGGCUUAUCAAGCUUGAGGGACAGGACUUUAAAGAAUUACUUAGAAUUCUGUUGUAGAAACUACAAGAAGGUCUUGUCACUGGAAAGACUCUUGAACAAGGAAAAACAUUAAAAAAAACCUGUUCAAAUUUUUUUUGUGCUCUUUUAUGAAAUUUUUUUUUUCAAAUUUUUAUUUUAAAUAUUGAAGCAAAAUGGUUUGGCGAAAUAGAUUAAAAAUCUUUUCUAUUUGGUGAUUAUUUCGAAAGAGAUGAAGAAAAGGGUUUUGUUUCAUAUUUUUCUCUCCCAAGAAGAAAAAAAAAAAGGGAAACCAAUGAUUUGCACUUGGUGUAAACGGCAGAACGAUGAGCUCCUUUCAUUGACCUCUGGCCCUGCACGGAUGAUGUCAAUAUCACCUGGUAGAUAAUUAACGAUAUUUCUAAUUAAAGUUUGGUUUCUCUUCCAAAGAGUUGCAUGUAAAUAUUGUCUAAAUAAUAAAGGUUACGGCUUUGUGCAGAUUCAAUUCUAGCGCUCCCCGUUCCCAGCCUCAUCCUUUCCCUCUCUCCCUCACUGAUUAUUAAUAAAAUAACUUAAUGAAUAUGA